AUGUUUAUAUCGUAUUAUUUGAUGAUGCUCGUGCUGCCAUUGUACAUCGCACAAGUAACGGUAUCAGAUGAAGGCGAUGAGACUGUACAAGCAGCAAUAAGAUAUGACGACGAAAUAAGGACUGUGGGUGAUAAAAGUAGAGCGAAAGAAAAACGAUACAAAUGUGAAAUCCACCAAAUGAUGCACGAAAAUGUGCGACCAUUCGAAUGUUACUUGUGCAAUAAAACAUUCAAACGGUCCGGCGAACUAAAGAAACACAAAUUGACGCACGAAGGCGAACGACCAUUCAAGUGUCACGUGUGCAAUAAAACAUUCAAAUGGUCCUGCAAUCUGAAGAGACACGAAUUGUUGCACGGAAGCGAACGACCAUUUAAAUGUCACAUGUGCAGUAUGGCAUUCAAAGAAUCCGGAGUUCUGAAGAGACACAUUUUGAUGCACGUAAACGAGCGACCAUUUAAAUGUCACCUGUGCAGUAAAACAUUCAAAGAAUCCGGGAAUCUGAGAAAACACAUAUUUACGCAUGGAAACGUGCGGCCAUUCAAAUGUGAA